AUCUUCUAUUCUUCUUCCUAUUUUCUUUCGAACCUAAGUCCAGUCACCAGCCCACCACCGAAGCCUCCAUCUCCGCCGACUGCAAGUACCGUCUACGCCAGGUUUGCUCAAAUUGAAAUUCCAAUUUGAUAUUUGCUUCAGGCUUGGAAUUUGAUCUUUGCUUAAAGCUUUCAGUCCACCAAAUUCGGCCAAGAUACAAUACAGUCCACAUAGUUGUUCAGUCUUGCAGUAAUUCUGAAAUGGAGGAAAGCAACGAAGAAGUAAAGACAUUCAAGGGUCUGGGUGUAUGUGAUGAACUGGUGGAGGCCUGUGAAAAAUUGGGUUGGAGAACCCCUUCAAAGAUCCAGGCUGAGGCAAUUCCUCAUGCUCUUGAAGGAAAAGACUUGAUUGGGCUUGCACAAACAGGUUCUGGUAAAACUGGAGCUUUUGCUCUCCCCAUUGUCCAAGCCUUACUACAGGCUCCACAAGCAUUCUUUGCCUGUGUGCUCUCCCCAACAAGGGAACUUGCAAUUCAGAUUGCUGAACAGUUUGAAGCUUUGGGAUCUGGCAUAGGUCUAAAGUGUGCAGUGGUUGUUGGAGGGGUAGAUAUGAUGCAACAAGCUGUCGCCCUUGCUAAGAGGCCUCAUAUUGUUGUGGGAACUCCUGGGCGUCUUGUGGAUCAUCUGUCCAACACAAAGGGUUUUAGCCUUCGCACAUUAAAGUACUUGGUCCUGGAUGAGGCAGACAGACUGUUAAAUGAGGACUUUGAGAAGCCAAUUGAUGAAAUAUUGAAAGCUAUCCCUCGGGAACGAAAAACAUAUUUAUUUUCAGCCACUAUGACGAAAAAGGUGCGCAAGCUCCAAAGAGCAUGUUUGAGGAAUCCUGUGAAGAUAGAGGUGGCAUCUAAAUAUUCCACUGUUGAUACUUUGAAGCAGCAAUACCGUUUUAUUCCCCAUAAGUAUAAGGAGUGCUAUCUUGUAUAUAUUCUUACUGAGAUGUCUGGAAGUACAUCAAUGGUCUUUACCCGUACAUGUGAUUCCACUAGGCUUCUGGCAUUGCUUCUUCGAAACCUUGGAUUAAGGGCCAUCCCUAUUAGUGGUCAAAUGAGUCAGGCAAAGAGACUUGGAGCAUUAAACAAGUUCAAGGCUGGUGAAUGCAACAUACUCAUAUGCACAGAUGUGGCAAGUAGAGGGCUUGAUAUUCCUAGUGUUGAUAUGGUUAUCAACUAUGAUAUCCCCACCAAUUCCAAGGACUACAUUCAUAGAGUGGGAAGAACUGCUCGUGCAGGACGAUCUGGGCUUGCAAUCUCAUUAGUAGAUCAGUAUUCAUUGGAAUGGUAUCUCCUGAUAGAGAAGCUUAUUGGCAAAAAGCUUCCAGAGUUUCCUGCUCAAGAAGAGGAAGUUCUAUUACUGCUGGAACGUGUGGCUGAGGCAAAGAGAAUCUCUCAAAUGAAAAUCAAAGAGGAGGGACACAAAAGGAAAAGAAGAGGGGAUGAUGUCGAGGAAGAAGAUAGAUUUACUCUAAAAAAUGCGAAAUCAUUAAAGAAGUCAAAGAAGCGGUGAUCACUAACAUCCUCGGCAAUUUUGGUAAAUUUUAUAUUUUUGUUCUUUAUCAUUGGAAUUCCUACUUUAUUUUGUUUGUAAUAUUUUCAAGUACAAUGGAGACACUUACCAAAAUAUAGUAUAAUGUAAGCACUGUACUGUGGUGUUGAAUGAAAUCCAACAUCUGCCAUUGGUCUUCGAGGUCUUGAUUGCAAGGAAUACUGUAGUGACAGUUAAA